CGUUGUGCCGCAGCUGUUUAGAGAUGGUGAUGAAGUUAGAGGGUUCUUGGAUCAAAAUCUGAGUUUAGGUGGAGAGGUUUUGCUUGUGAAUAAUGCUUAAAGGUCAACAAUCUACAGGAACAAAACGGUUCAAUGCAAACACUAGACCAGUAACUCCUGGUAAGCAAUCCUCAGUCAAUGGACCAUAUGGUAAGAAUCCGGGAUGCACAACAAGCUGUGGUUUGAGGCUACCGAGGAAAACGGAAUGCACAGCAGCAAGACUGAUCAAACAUCUCAGCUGUAAAUUCGUUUUGGGCUUACGUCUGGUGGUGAUGAGGAAGAAGAAGAAGAAGAAGAGAUCUCCACCAUUAAAGAAGGCUUCUUCUUCUGGUAUAUCUCAGCCUUCGGUCAUCUCUGUCGUUAAUGAUAAUAAUCACAGAUCAGACGCAAUAGAAGACUGCAUACAAUUCAUAAACUCCUCUUCCUCCUUCACAAGAUCAAGUUCUGACAGUGGGCGUAAAUCUUAAGUUUUAGUUAUGCCUUUAAGUUUCCAUAAUAUGUUUGCUACGCAAUAGCAUAUUAGAUAAUUGCGUGUAAUAUCUAUAUGAUAUAAAUAUAUAUAGAGCUGAAUAGUGAUUUUGAGUAAUCGUGAGAAAGUGUGAGCUUUGAUUAUGUACAAAAAA